AUGGAUACCAAAGAAGAUGGACAAACUUCUCAAGCAAAAUCUUCUCAUAAGGCGUCCAAAUCUCAAGCAACAGGACCUUCCACUGUGGCAGACACAUCAUUACCUCAAAUCUAUAUGGAUGUAUCCAACUAUAUCACACUUCUUGAAACUCAGGAACAACCUAAAGAAGUCGGUGUUAUAGUUAAAUAUCUGCAAAAAUGCCCACUGGCAUAUGCACUCACGGCUACCUCUCAAAUUCUAGACUCUCUUAUUUCAGAAGUCUUUCAAUCUUCAAACAUAACUCCAAGAGCAAGUUCAAAAGAGCUUAAUGUUGAAUUUGACCUUGGACAAACUACCUUGGUACUAAAUAAAGAAGAGUUUGCAACUUGUUUAGGUCUAAACAAUGGUUAUCGUGAACCUUCCACAUUUGUCACACCUUCUUCUGCUCAACUGGUGAUAAUUUUCAAGGAAAUGGGUUACAAAUUUGAAGAAAAAGUUGAACCAAACCUCUCAAGAAAUAAUAAAGCUCGCCUCCCCAUGCAAUGGCACUUUCUUAGUUCCGUCCUCACUCAGUGUCUUUUCGGGUCUGUUGGUGGACGCAGUCUUGGUUCAACAAAUCUUUGGAUUGUCAUGUAUGGACUUUAUUAUGAUAUCAACGUUGACUACAUGUCUAUUCUUUCGGAAGACCUUCUCACCUUUCUCCCUGCCUCAAAGAAUAAGUUCGAGAUUCCAGAAGGCCCACUGCCACUAUUCUUGCAUAUGUCACCAUAUCAGAUUCGUACUACAUCUGAAUAUGAGUUUAUACAUCCAAUCAUCAUUCCAGAUGUUAUCCUAGCAAAGCUGGGUGAAAACAGUGCCUCUCUGCGCUCAUAUCAAAAAUACAUCAAGGGAAUUACUUCGUCUCCUAAAAAGAAAAGGAAGCACUCAGAUCAUGCAUCCAAGAAGUUGGCAAAGAAAAAAAAAGCAAUGAAAUCGGAUCUAGAAGGUCCAAGAAAUCGUGUCUCCUUGGUUUGUUAUGACUCAAUUGAUGACAAUGACCAAGAAGGUGAAAAGCAAUCUGAACUUGAAGAUCUCACUCAAAGCACUCCAGUACAACACAAUCAAGAUGAUGAUACUCCUAUCCAGACGGUAGACAUACCUUCCAGUGAAGGACUGAUAGUUGAUAAUGAACCAAAUGACAUGUCAAUUGUCCUAUACUCCAAAACAUAUACUAUGACAUUCAACAUUGAUCUUGAUGAUUACUCUCCUUCAACUCAAAAAGAGUCUCAAGAAAAUGAUGAUCCUCAAGAAGAAAAGUUCUUUUCUUUUCCACCGAAUCCUCCUCAGGAAGAUUGUACUCCAGCAAAUAAAGAUGAAGCAAAUGUUGGGUUCUAUGUUCUAUAA